AUGCCUGCAUUAUCCGAAUACGAGGAACAGCGUCUAAAAAAUAUCGAAAGGAAUAAAGCGCUGCUGAAAGAAUUAGGCUUAGACACACCAAAAUUUGAACCGACAACGACACGAACAAAAACUCAAAAGGUAUCCAAUAAAAAAAGGAAAACAUGUCCAUCUGAGGAUACUGCCAACGGUAUUCUGUCUCCAGUCAAAGUCUUUCGAGAAACAGAAAUGGAUGACGCAUCCACUGGUCUGCGUCGAAGUUCACGAAACGCUGGCAAGACAGUUGAUUAUAAGGCGGAAAGGGUGAUAUCAGAUCCAACUCUAAUAUCAGUAGAAACAGGUAUUAGGAAGGUGUGGAACGCAGGGCCACAGGGCGGAGGUGGGUUGAAUGGCAAGCGCGUUCAUGAUCCGAAAGUUUUUGGAUCAAUACCAGGAAUCGAAGUAGGAACAUGGUGGGAGACUCGUCAGGAGUGUAGUAUAGACGCAGUACACGCACCAUUCGUCGCUGGUAUCUCGGGUGGUCCAAAAGGAGCGUAUAGUGUCGCACUGAGCGGUGGAUAUGAAGACGACGUUGAUCUGGGUUAUGCAUUUACAUACACUGGCUCAGGUGGACGCGACCUCAAGGGAACGAAAACUGCCCCCAAGAAUCUCCGUACAGCACCUCAAAGUUCUGACCAGUCUUUUGACGAUAACUUUAAUCGAUCUUUGAAGAUUUCGUCUGAAACCAAGAAGCCCGUGAGAGUGAUCCGAGGCUACAAGCUCAAAUCACCGUAUGCCCCCUAUGAAGGAUAUCGCUUUGAUGGAUUGUACAUCGUUGAGAAGGCCUGGAUGGAGAAAGGUUUGAAUCGCAAAGGAUUCAAGGUCUGUAAGUUCGCUUUCAAGCGAAUCCCUGGUCAGCCACCACUGCCAGUCAGGGAAGAAGGGAAGGAUUCCCCAGCGACGGAAAACCAAGGUGAACAAUCAGAAUCAGCCUGA